AUGGCUGAAGACCCCAAUGACUUGGUGGAACUGCUCCCGUGCGAGUUCACUCGGCAGGUGGAGCUUGCAGCGUUCCACUGCACAAUGGUGCCGAAGGUCCUGUGUGGAGAGCUUCUGAAGCUGCUCCAGAGCCGGCCUCUUGCCGCAGACUUCCAGCAUCUGCUGCGCGUCAGGAAACCCGAAGACGAUCCUGAGCAAAGACAGGCUGGCUUGGAAGUGCUGCUGAAUCUAGCUACCUCAGACUUCGCUGGGCUGGACCCUGCACUGGCCGAGUUUCUGCAGAAGCAUGGAGCAUCCGUCGAGACGGUCCAUGUGCCGCGCCAUGGUGCCCUCACGCCUGUGCAACUGCGGAGUUUCUCGAGGCACUGGCCCGUGAAGAACUUGAAAUCGUCCUUCGAGCCCCUAAAGCUGACGGAGGCCCUCAAGACGGCCUACACUGAGUUGUUGCGCCGGGCUGAGGAGGUGGCGCAGGGAGCCUCUGGCUGCAUCAUCGCCCGACGGAAAGAAGAGCAGAAGGCGGAAUUCGAUAUCUUGGCCACUGCGAGGUCGGAGGUCAGUGAGGCUGAGCCAUUGAGGCAUCCCACCAUGGCUGCCAUUGGCGCAGUGGCGGCGCGUGCCAAGGCUGCUUCGGACACGAAGCGCCCGAGGGAGGAGGAGGAGUACUUGUGCUACGACUGUGAGGUCGUGCUCACCCAUGAGCCGUGUGUCAUGUGUGCUAUGGCGCUGGUCCACUCACGUGUGCGCGUAGUUGCUUUCCAUAGAGUUGAUUCCCAUUUCGGUGGGCUUGGUGGGGCCAUCUCCCUUCACCAGUGUGCUAGCUUGAACCAUCAAUUUCGCGUGUUGCGAUGGGAAGCAAAGGCGACCUCAUGCAACCUCCCGACGGGGUGCUGUGCAGGCAGCCGGCCUUAG